GAGACGGUCCAAACAUGGGAUAAUUUCGCUCUCUAUCUGAGUUCUCUUUCUCUCUCUAAAGCUGCUCCAUUUCUCCAACUUCUUUGUUGACAGCUCAAAUGCUAUAUAUUUUUUUGCAUUUCUUUCUUCUCUCUGUCAAUGAAUCAUUCUCUUGUCGGGUGCUCUACAGCUUUAACUAUGGGAAAGGGAGACCUGAAGAUCACUGAUAUCACCAUGUUUGACGCGUUGUUGAGGAGCAAAUUCUACUUAAAAUGCAAGUCAUCAAUGAAGAUCACCAAUUCUCGGCUGGAGAUGAUAAAGCGGAAGAGAAACGCAAUGCAGAACUACCUGAAGAAAGAUAUCGCCGAUCUUCUCAAGAAUGGCCUCGACGUCAAUGCCUAUGGCAGGGCUGAGGGCUUCCUCUUUGAGCUGAAUCUGUCAGCAUGCUACAAUUUCGUGGAGCAAUUUUGUGGGUGCAUCUCAAAUCAUCUUCCUGCCAUGGAUAAGCAGAGACGAUGCCCAGAGGAAUGCAGGGAAGCUGUGCCUUCUUUGAUGUUUGCAGCAGCAAGAUUUGCUGAUUUGCCAGAACUACGUGACCUCAGAAGUAUAUUUGCUGCCCGAUAUGGGAAUUCUCUUGAUGCCUAUGUCAAUCAAGAGUUUGUUGAGAAAUUGAAGGCUGUACCUCCUACAAAGGAAACGAAGCUUCAAUUACUGCAAGAUAUAGCAUUAGAGUCGGGUACAAGAAGGGAUUUCAGGCCCUUGCAACAGAAGCUGUAUAAUCCUGAUCCACCUGCAUCUGAACAAGCCUGGUCUAAGAAUACUGAUGAUGACAAACACAAAUUGCAGAAAAGGAGAGAUGGAUCUGUCCCAAAAACAGAAAACCGGGUGAUCAAUAAUAAACUGCAUGAUGAAAGGUAUACUCCUCCAGAAAGGAAAAAAGAAGAUGUUCCAUUUCUUGUAAGAAGGAAUGCUGGUGAUGAAACACACAUGGCUAAUGAAAACAAUGCUGUCCAUGGAGGAGAUCUAGCAACCUUACCCAUUAAAGGUACUCGAGUGUCGAAAUUUACCAGAACUGAACAUCGGAAUAAGUCAAGUUCAGAGGGCAGUGUUCCUGAGGAGGAAGCUCAGGAGCAGAAGCCCUUCCAUUACAGAUUUGUCUCCCCUCCUUACACCAAACCAAAAGCCGGUGAAUCUGAAACCGGUUUGGAGAUUUCUUCUGUUGGUCCCGGCAGUGAAGGGACAGCAACAAUCAAAGUUAAAGGCCAUGUUGACGAGGAGGAUAAUCGACAUCAGGACUAUUCACUUGGCGAAACAAAGCCAAAACCUAGAUCAGUUCGAAGGAGACGCUCGAAACCUCCACCAGGUUCUGAUAACAUUGGCAACAACGAAGGUGAUAAGAACUUGACUUCAAAUGGAAGCAGGCUGGAAGCUGCAAAACUAGACCUUAACAUUGCAAACCAGGAUUAUUGUGAUCAAAAGGAUGAAGAGGAAAGAAUGAUGGAUAGUCUUCUGAUGCAUUAUAGCAAAAAACAGCCGCCUUAUAAGGUGGGAAAAGUAGAAGCAGCAACCAUCGAUGGCAACAAUGCUGCAAAGAAGACAACCAAAGAUGGACCUCCAGCAAGAGCAGCGUCUCUCCCGCUCGAACCAACAAAUCCAACUGAGACAAACAAGGGAGCUAUCCGAGCAUCUUCCUUCCAACCAGACCGGGGGCACGUGCAUCCUAAUCUACCAGACUACGAUGACUUUGUCGCAAGGCUUGCAGCCCUUAGAGGGAAGUAAAUAUAGAAGUAAUAUGAAAGCUCCUGUUCUUCGAUUCUCUGGCCAAUUUGUGAUAUUUGGUUGGCAUCUAAAAGCUGUUAGAUAUUACGAGUGAGAGUUAGGAGUUACCCUGAUCAGAGUAAUUCGAGAACCUGCAGUGGAAGCAAAUCUUAUCACUAAAAACUAUACUGCAGUUCUAGACUUGUCUUUCUUGAAGUUGCCAUGGCCAGAUUGAAAGAUCUGCCUGUAAUUUACUGUCAAUGGAAGAGGAUUAUCACUUGGUUUAACCCAAAAAAGAACAAAAAUGGAGUAUUGAG